AAAAUCAGAAAUCGUGGAAAGCAAAAGAACGAACGGCCAGAUCUCACCGUGAGAAACAAACGGCCCAGGAGCGUCUGCCUCCCUUUAAAUUUGGGGGACGAUUACCUUCGCUCCUUUUAUUCGCCUCCACAAACAAAACCCUAAACCCUCGCCUCUCCAAUCCCCUUGGAUUUUGCACGGCCGCGCCUUCGCUUCCUCGAGUCAGCAUGACCAUGAUCAAGUUCUGGGGCGUGGAAGUGAAGCCUGGACAGACUGUUUCUUGUGAUGGCGGUCAUGACCAUAUUAUUCACGUCUCGCAGGCUGCCCUUGUUGAAACAAAGAAAGGAAGUGGGAAUGUAGUUGUAUCUACUAAAAUCGAUGAUCAGAAGGUGAUCAUAGGAACUUUGUCGGCUGAAAAUCAUCCUCAGAUUCUCUGUGAUUUGAACUUUCAGAAAAAAUUUGAGCUAUCACACAAUUCAGAGACUGCCAGUGUCUUUGUGUGCGGUUACCAGUCUUUCAUGCCUGAUGAGUUUGAUCCUGAUUCUAGCGAAGAUGAAGACGAAGUGGAAGCUGUAAACAAUCAAGUCAUCAAUAAUGUUGGUGGCAUACAUGAGGUAACGGCUCCUGCAAAGGAUGGCAAAAAGGGAACAGAUGGCAAUGGCAGCGAUGAUGAUUCUGAUGAUGAUUUAUUAGACUUAUUAUCUUCUGGUGAUGAUGAAAUGACUGAUGAUGAUUCCAGUAGUGAAGAGGAUGAUACCACUAGUGAAGAGGAUGAUACCAGUAGUGAAGAGGAUGAUAUCAGUAGUGAAGAGUCUUCAAGUGACGAGGAAGAUGAAGAAACUCUUAAGGAGCCUGAGAUUAGCAAGAAGAGAGUGGCAGCAACUGCCUUGAAGGCUCCUGCUUCUGACAAGAAGGCAAAGAUUGCAACACCAUCUGGCCAGAAAACAGCUUCAGAUGACAAGAAGGCUACCCAUGUGACAACUCCCCAUCCAGCAAAGCAGGCCAAGACGCCGGCAAACAGCAAACCCAAGAAGUCCCCCAAAUCCACUGGCGGAACCGUUGCCUGCAAGUCAUGCAGCAAGACAUUUGGCAGUGAUGCGGCACUCAAAUCUCAUGAAAAGGCAAAGCACGAGUGAGCUGCUAGUGGCGGCAACAUGUAGCUGGAUUAUGAGUUGUGCUGCUGCUGCCUGGUGCUACGUCUCCAACUUCUAUCAUUCAAUCAGCAUUAGAAUAGUGUUUUUGACCUUUAACCUGGAACAUCUGAAAAGUCGUCUCUGCGGUUGGCUCUUUACUAUCGUUCAUAUUUGAGAGUUCCUACUGUUCAUAUUUGAGAUUUGUUGGUUUGGGUGAAAUCACUGAAAUGGCAGGCAGACAAUUUUGGGGCAUUGCUAUGUUCAUAUUUGACUUCGUACUGUUCAUAUAGAUUUUUAGUUCGGUCUGUGACUAUUCUGAUAUUACUAUGUGGAAGACUCUGCAGUUCCUAUUACCUGUAAAAACCGCUCAUGGGCACGCGGUGCUUGGAUAAAAAUAUUUCACAGAUUUUCUUACAAA